AUGGAGGUAUUCAAGGACGCUGACCAUAACUGCAUUGGUUGUUUCCUCCGUAUCAAAGUGAAUAUCAAUAUCAACAAACCUUUGAUGCGAGUUUUACAGUUUGAUCAUGAAGGCCAGAAGCUUAAAAUCCCUCUGAAGUAUGAAAGGUUGCCGGAGUGGUGUAAUAAUUGUGGAAUUAUUGGUCAUGCUGAAUCUGGAUGUCCAACAAGAACCUUGAAUGCUGGCAGUUCUUCCAAUCCUCCAGAAUAUGGUAAUUGGCUGAGAGCAAAAGGCUACUGGAAUCCAUUUGUUUCACGACAGCCAGCCCAAGAACCCGACCCUUUUCAUGUGCCCGACAAUUCCGACAAAGAGCCGAUGCCCUAUGAGGAGCGUCAAUCCUAUCACAUCCAAACCCGACCUGGAUUUCCUCCAUCAUCAUCACGUAACCCUACCUCAUCCCACGUUCUCCCUUCUUUUGCUCGCAGAAUUGUCAAUUCAGUUUCUCACAGUGAUCGUUCUCCUGAUUCCCCUUCCCCACAACCUCCACAUUCUAAUCCAUUAACAACCAACACAAUUCCACAAGAUUCUCCCAUGUCCCAAUCUCCCUCGUCACGCACGAAGUCAACUGCUAUCCAUACUAUCUUAACAGAAACCCUAGUAUCUUAUAUUGCCCUAAGUUCUCAGCCUGUUAAAAUAGCCUCACUUCCAGAAAACAACCCCUCAUUGCCUCUUCCAAUCCCUCUAUUCAACCAGAACGAUUCAAUUCAUAAUUCUAUUUCCGAACCAAGUAAACGUAAAUGGAGUAUUGAUGAUUUUGAUGGCACUGAUCUGCACAUGGUUGAUGUCGAAAUCAUUGGCAAGAAGUCUCAUGUGGAAGUUAGUACUGUUUCUGAUGCUUCUGGAUUUGUAAACUCCGAUGGCGGUGUGGCGGAGAUUGGGGAGGGUUGGCCAUGUUAUGGAAAAAAGGAUCUGGCUGUAAGUUUGCGUGCUUAUUCUGAAAGUUUCAUUGAUGUUGAUGUUGAAUUGAAGGGGCAGAAUGUAAGAGCAACUGGAAAAAGCCAUGGAUUUUCUUUUGCAAUUUUAAUGAAGUUCUUUCACAAGAAAAAAUUUCAAGGUUGCCGUCCUCGUGCUAAUUGGCAAAUCAACCUCCUUAGGGAUUCACUUGACCAGCUUCAACUCGUGGACAUGGGGUUCGAGGGUUACAAGUACACUUGGCUACGUCUGCUGCAACAUCCAAGGACUCAAAGAGCGCGACUCGAUAGGUCCACGUGCAACGCAAAUUUUCAGCAUUUGUUUCCAUGGAGUCUAGUAUCUCACAUUCCCAUGUUUGUAUGGGACCAUAUGUUGCUGCAUACACAGUUACGUGAGAAACAUCCCCAUUCACAUGUUGUCCGACGAAAACGACCGUAUCGAUUCGAAGCUUAUUGGAUUAGAGUUGAGGACUGCCAGCGUGUGAUUGAAGAUUGCUCGAACUCUGAUUUUGAUUCACUUGGUGCUAAACUUGAACAUGUUCAUGUCGGCUUAUUGAAUUGGAGUAGCCAUCAAGUUUCUGAUUUUGAGAAAAGGAUUGAAGUUCUUAAAAAGGAGAUUCUGGAAAUACAAAGAGGUAACACUGAUGAACCACAAUGCUCUAAGCUUGGAGAAUUGGAAAAGGAGUUGGACUUUGACGAAGCAUGGAUUUGUACGGCGCCUUAG